AGUAUAUUUAUGUUUUAUUUUUAUUAAUUUAUUCCUCAUUGGGGUCAGUAACGGUUUCUGGGACAUUCGCGUUUCGUUCAGUUUGACCCCUGCGGCUGCCGUUCAAUCAAGAUGGUGCUGGAGAAGAAAAGCUCCGCCCGGGUCGAAGCGGGUCAGCGCAGGGUUCUGGAUGAGGCGACCCGGCAGAGGAGGCUGACCCGGCAGCUGGAGGCUCUGGAGAAAGACAACUUCCAGGAUGACCCCCUGACCUCCCUGCCCCCCCCUGGUCCCACGGCCCGACUCCCAGCCUUCAGUGAGACAGAAGAGCCAGAGAAGAAGAGGAGGAAGACGAGGGGCGAUCACUUCAAGCAGCGCUUCAGGAAGAACUUCACCACCCUGCUGGAGGAGGAGGUGUCUGAAGUGGACGCUCUGAAGACGCUUCGGACCGGAUUGGACCAGAUGGACGCUUUGGACCGGACCGCAGGACAUGUUGGACUGCUGCUGCUGGUCGGAGACGCUGCUCCAUGGUUCUCUGGGUCAGGACGCUCCAGAACCUGGACGACCCAGUUGGUUCUGACCCGUCUCUGCCUUCACUGCAGAACCAGAACCACCAGAACCCUGAGGUUCCACAGGAGGUCACCUGAGCUCGUUCCAGUUGGCGGGAACCAGAACCAGAACCGACCCGGAUCUCCUGGAUGUUUUCAUUUCAUUUUGUUCUGAAACUGAAAUAAAUGUUGUUGAUUUCUGACCUUUCAAAAUAAAAUGUCCUGUCUCUAAA